UUUCAAGAAGAAGACGGAGCCACAAACUUCUUCAACUGCGCUCACCGUCUCUCAGCUAAAUACCUAGAGAUAACUGGCGAAGCUUGACCAGUUGUUUCCGGUUACUAUGUGAGGCGGUGAUAAGCGAACCAGGUGGGCGGAGCUUUAACGGAACAGCUGCCUGAUGAUUCUCGGCGGAGUAACGGUAGAACAGAGGCAGAUACCGGGCAGAGAGGAGCGCGAUGGAAGCCUUGACGGUCUCGCUGUGGCUGACAUGGGUUUGUCUCGUGCAGAGCUCUGGGAUGCUCUCUCACGUGGACAGGUAUGAGGUGGUCAGACCUCAGAGAGUUUCAGGGAGACAGAGGAGAAGUCUGGAGGAGCCACAGCUGUAUCCUGAUACGGUUCAGUACCAGCUGGCCAUUGAAGGGAAGAACCACACAAUUCAUCUGGAAAAAAACUGGAAUCUUAUCGGGAAAGACUACACUGAGACACAUUAUUCAGAAGAUGGAGAACGUGUGACGACAUCUCCAAAUGAGGAGCACUGCUUCUAUCACGGCCACAUUAAAGGCAUGAAAGACUCUUCAGUCAGUGUGGGGAUUUGUUCAGGAAUCAGUGGUUUUGUGCAGGCUCAGCAGCAGGUUUACUUGAUCGAACCUCUGGGACGCUCUGACGAUGGAGAUCAUGCAGUCUACAGACGGGAGCACCUGAAGAUCAGCGGCACCGUUGGCUGUGGCUCCUCCGACAACGCCAGCACCACCACAGUCUAUGACCACGAGCAGAACCUGAGCCCCGCAGCCCUCUUCAGGUCCAGAUCAUGGAAAUCAAAACCGAUCUCAGGUCCACAGAGGUUUGUUGAGCUGUUUGUUGUGGUGGACAACACUGAGUAUAAACGAUACGGCAGCGAGACAAAAUCCCGUAUCCUUGGAGUGGUCAAUCACAUUGAUAAGUUGUAUCGGACUCUUAACAUCCGCAUCAUGCUGGUGGGUUUGGAGAUUUGGACGGACAGAGACUACAUUGAUGUAGACUUUAAUUCUGAGACAGCUCUGGAUAAUUUCCUCAUCUGGCGUCAGUCUGAUCUGCUGCGGAGGACGAAGCACGACAACGCUCAAUUUGUGACGGGCAAAGAUUUUGAAGGAGACACAGUAGGACUUGCAAAUAAGUUUGCCAUGUGCACUGGAAACUCUGGUGGAGUCAACCAAGAUCAUCACGAUAACCCGAUAGGACUCGCCUCCACCAUCGCUCAUGAGAUGGGACAUAACUUUGGCUUGUCUCAUGAUGCUGCUGGUUGUGUGUGUGGUCCAAAUUACGGCUCUGGGAACUGUGUGAUGGCAGACAAGCUCAGGACAGGAAGCCUGGCAUUCCCUGAGUUUUUUAGCAGCUGUAGUGUGGAGCAGCUCGCUGAGUUUAUGGAGCGAGCUCAGCCCAGCUGUCUGACCAAACCCAGCUCUGUGAGGACCAUUGCUGUGGGCCCUCGCUGUGGAAACGCUCUGCUGGACCCGGGGGAGGAGUGUGACUGUGGCACUGUGGAGGAAUGCAAGAACCCGUGUUGUGAUGCAUCAACGUGCCGUCUUACUGAAGGAUCCCAGUGUGCACAUGGACAAUGCUGUGACAACUGCCAGUUCUCAGCGUCUGGAAGUGUGUGCAGAAACUCGGCCGGUUUCUGCGACCUGCCUGAGUACUGCACCGGAGUGUCGGAGGAUUGUCCUGAAGACAGCUUUGAGAUGAACGGCAAACCGUGCAACUACCAGACUCAGAGCUACUGCUACAACGGCCAGUGUCCAACAUACGAGCAGCACUGUUGGAGGCUGUUUGGACAAGGAGCCAGAGUCGGACCUGAUUUGUGUUUUGACCUGAACAAACGAGGGGAAGAAGGAGCCAACUGUGGAAAGAACAAAUCAGGCUUCAUCUCCUGUGCUAGACAGAAUCUGAAGUGUGGAUCGAUAUUCUGUGUCGAAGGAGGAGAGUCCAUCACAGGUAAAAGAGCAUCCUACAACACCUUGUUUGGAAUCGAAUGUAAAGUAGCAGUGGAUGACGACAAGACCAGAAACAUGGACAUGGUGCCAAAAGGGACCAGAUGUGGACCAAAUAAGGUUUGCUUUGACAACAGAUGUGUGGACGUAUCCGUUUAUGGGAAGCGGGAGGAGUGUGCAAAGAAAUGCAACAACAACGGGGUGUGUAAUCACAAGAAUGAGUGCAGCUGUAACCCCGGCUGGGCUCCACCAUACUGUGACGUCCUGUAUGCCGAUCUACCUCAAGGCCAGAGUGCGAUAAUUGCCGGCGUGUGCGCUGUUCUCUCCGUCCUCCUGCUUAUCACCAUGGUGAUCGCAGGUCUGAUGUGCUGCAAAAAGGACAACAGGGACAACUACGCCUCUAAAAGGAAAGUACACUCAGCUCCAGGGAAGCUGAAUCCAAUGUUCCAGGAACCAAGUGUUAAAAACAGACCUCAGAUCAGCCUGCCCACCUUCAUGGAAACGACAGCAACACAAGUAUGCACUCCUCUGAUUGUCACCGUGACUCCCUGCAGACCGGCUCCACAGCCACCAAACAAACCGUCUGCAGCAUCGCCGACCUCACAAACAGAGCCGACAAAAUCUCAACCUCCGUGUAAACCUUUACCACCUCUGAGCCAAACACUGUCCAAAGCGGCCAAACCGGGCCCUCCUCCUGUCCCUCCAGUCAAACCCAGCCCUCCUCCGGCUGCCAGAACCAAACCGUGCACUCCUCCAAUGCCACCACCGAAGCCACAACCUCACAAACCAACAUAAAACCCUUCAAACUUUGACCAAAGAAGAAGAGACUCAGGCUGUAGCUGCACAUUCAGAGAGAGAGCGUCUCUCUAAGGGAUCAAACUCAUGUGAGUCACAGCAGCUGCAGAGUUUGGAAAAGUUAACUCUUUGUCUUCAGAGCCUUGAAGAUGUGUGUGAUCGCAGCUUCACUGACUGAGAAUAAGCGUCUUUGAUGACCAAAGAAUUACUGCUGCAGGGGAAACCCUGCAUGAACUGAUGCUGCAGUUUCUUUGUUGGUUGUUCUUAAACAUUUCCUGUGUGCUUUCUUUGUUUUCUAACCUAAAUUUUCUCAAUGCACUUUUAUACGAAUGAGCUAACCAGAGCUCACAUGAUGUACUGUUUAAUUUAUUUAAUGUAAGUGCAAGGGACUGCACAAUAAGUGGAGUAAUAAUGAAAAAGUGAGGAGUCUACACAGUGUGCUGUUACUCUGCUGUGUUAGAAGUGAACUGUAUUUAUGGCUGAACACAAAAAAAGAUACAUGACUAUGAUAAAAGUCCAAAUCCACCGUGAAAGAAACUAAUUUGAUGUUCAGAUAAAAACAAAUAGCCCAAACCAUCAGGAAGACUGUUUAGAUCUCAUAGAGUGAUAAAAAAACACUGCUGCUGUUGUUGUGAAGAUGGUUCUUAAGACAACAAAACAAAGAUCUUAAUGAUUGAGAAUUAAGUCUGGCACUAGUGGAGCUUUUGACCGCUUUUGCUGGCCUCCCACUAGACAAGUUUCGGAUCCUGACUGAUGUGGGAGACUACCAGUUUCAACCAUUUUUUAAAAUUAUUAUCCUCUAAAAACACACUGGACAAUUCAGCAAGGCAGUGACUGCAGAGCUGCUGUCUGUAGUAAUGAUUUUACAGUGGUGAUUCCACGCCAGAUCUCAGAAACUCACAAGAUCAAAUGUGACUCGAGAAGAAAAACAAACACAUCAAAGUCCUGGUGUUAUUCUGUUUUACAGUGAAAAAAUAAAAAUGAGACCAAGAAUACAGUGAGACUACUGGCUGAGAAGACAGUAGUUUGUGUUGGCAAGCUUUAGAGUUUGCAACAUCCGUGUGAUGGCGCUACCUGUUCUGCUCCAGAAGCAUUUAAAUAUCAAACAUGAUGAUAUUUACAAGUAAUAUCACUGAGUAAUAUUUACGACUAGUUACAGAAAAUCAGACCCAUAAUCAGGCCUAAAAUUGUUGAGUGCGUUGGUUCUCAGCUGUCAGGCUGGGACCCAAAAUUGGCUUAUAUAGCCAUCAGUAGGUCAUGAAUAUGUGCCUUGAAAAAAAUGUACGCUUUUAUUUUGAAGGAAAUGUCUCGCCUUUCUAAUAAUAUAUUUCUUUGCACUGUACUUGAAAUCCUGCAUUUUGGAGACUUUCCAUGUAUCCCAUGACCCGUUUUUUUUUUUUUACUGUGGUUCAGCUUUAAACAUGAAGGAUGGUUUCACAUUAGGAACCUGAGCCUGGAUUCAAGUACGCUUCAUCACAAAGUCUAGUUCUAUUGAUCAGCGUAAAAAGAAGCGGCAUACCAUACUUGGGCAUGGUAUGCAUUAGAUUUGCAUACAACCAUGCUUCAGAAUUGGGUCCUCAUCUGUGAGUAGAGUUCCAAAGUCAAUAGUCUCUUCAAAAAACUUUGUCUCUGACCAUUUUAUCCUCUAGGGUGCACGGUAGAUAUAGAAGCAGAAGGAGGGUCAUUGCUGGCAUCUUGAAAUUAAUAAAAACAUCCAUAGUAGCCUGCAGGAUUGCCUCUUCUUCUUGAGCUGCAAACCAACUAAGUGCAUACCACACCCUGCUGUGUACCUGUGUAAAAAUCCAAGUGUUCUGGGGCAUGGAACAGUCUUACUAACAGGAAAGAAGACCAGCAGGGGAGG